UGCCGCCAAAUAGCUCCGGCACAAAACCACGAAUCGACCGUUUUUCCCCUUCGCAAACCAUUCAAAGUUGAACGCCUGGCUUCUCCUUCGCGUUCGCACUUCUCGUCGUUGCGGAAUAGAAGCGAAUCUUGUGGACCUAGGACAUGAGAGACAUGGCUGGUGUGUUGAGUUAUGCUCUUCUCGCUGGGCUGUCGCUUCUCGCAGCCAGAGCCAGUGGCCAGCAAACGUGUACAGUGGGCGGUGAUCCAUGCCACUGCACACUGAGCGACGGAAGAUAUAUUGAUCUCAAUGCGAUCUCCACAGCAUUCACUACUCCUUUUGAAGGAAUCAACCAUGAAUAUCAGUACGUGUUCGGUCCAUGCGGAGGAAGUCUAGAUUUAGGAGAUGAGUGCAUACCGUCCAAUCAAGUUGCGGUGUGUCAACAAGCUGGCACGUGGUACAAUCUGGGCCAAUCCUCACAAGUGACUGUGAUCGUCGACACGAAUGCCAAUCCAGUCACAUCGACGUGGACAUACACAGGCGGAUCAGAUGCAAGAGAAACCCAUGUGGUGGUGCAGUGUCAACAGGGCUCAUCGCCUGGCUCCAUCACUGAUGGUGGGGAAUCCCCUACACUCAACUAUAAUCUGAAAGUGGUUAGUGAUGUUGGCUGCAUAAAGGGCGGCGGCGGCCAGCCAACGGACACACCACCACCGGGUACACAACCUGUCACCAGUAAUGGUGGUGGCGGCGGUGGCGGUGGCGGUGGCACCAGCGGAAAGACAGGUGGCAUAUCACCAGGAAGUGUCACUGUCAUCAUAUUUUUCGUUGUUGUAACAAGCUACCUUGUUGGAGGUGUUCUUCUCAUGCACUUCCAUCGUGGUGCUCAAGGUCUGGAGAUGAUCCCCAACCGUUCUCUCUGGGUUGAGGUGCCUGGACUUAUCAAGGAGGGAGUACUGUUUGUAGUUUCUCCAUGCCGGGGAGGCCGGGGUGCCGACUACGAAAAGCUUUAGGACAAGCAGUCUCCCUGUCUUGGACAUCAUCAUCUAUUUAGAAGAGUCUUGCAGAAUAUUUCUCAUGGUGCUGGACACAUUAUCAUCUGUAUUUCUCUUAUAAUUUGUGGACUUAUUUUAUUUACUCUAGAAGAGCAUAAAGCUGAAUUCACUCGAGUGCGUUUUGUGGCAGCUGGCCCUUCCACAAACUUAGAUAAUGUUGCAUGACAUUGUGCAAUAGAUCCGCACUGCUGAUUUUAGCACACACACACACACGCAUAUACACACACACACACACUAACACACAGGCGCAUACAUACACACACUCAUACACACACAUACACACACACACACACACACACACACACACACACACACACACACACACACACACACAUGCACACACACACACAAACACACACACACACGCAUAUUGAUCAUCGUCAUCUUCUCCGAGUUUUGGUUCCUUUUCGGCGGCUGGGCAUGCGCUCCCACCAGUACUACAGAUAUCUAUCGACUUUGUUGGACAGUUUCAAGUCGAUACAGUUGCGCUGACCCAGCAAUCGCCAGCACUUUCAGCAAUGCUAACUUAAAAUAAUCCCCUCUAGCCUGCCUUGGCCCUAGCUCUCAGUUUUGAUUCUUGUGUUGACUAAAGGCGUUGGCCAGUCAUUGAUGAUCACUAACAAUCCUCACUUAGACAACUUACUCCUAGUACCUUUUAAUGCCUAA